GGGAGGGGAGGGAACAUGGAGCGGGGGCCGGUGGUGGGGGCAGGGCUGGGGGCCGGGGCCCGAAUCCGGGCACUGCUGGGCUGCCUGGUCAAGGUGCUGCUCUGGGUGGCCUCUGCCUUGCUGUACUUUGGAAGUGAACAGGCUGCCCGGCUCCUGGGCAGCCCCUGCUUACGGCGCCUCUACCAUGCCUGGUUGGCAGCAGUGGUCAUCUUUGGGCCCCUUCUGCAGUUCCAUGUCAACCCUCGGACUAUCUUCGCCAGCCACGGCAACUUCUUCAACAUAAAGUUUGUGAAUUCGGCAUGGGGCUGGACGUGCACCUUCCUGGGGGGCUUCGUGUUGCUGGUGGUGUUCCUGGCUACCCGGCGCGUGGCGGUGACUGCCCGGCACCUGAGCCGGCUGGUGGUGGGGGCCGCAGUGUGGCGGGGGGCCGGCAGGGCCUUCCUGCUCAUCGAGGACCUGACUGGUUCCUGCUUCGAGCCUCUGCCCCAGGGCCUGCUGCUGCACGAGCUUCCCGACCGCCGCAGCUGCCUGGCAGCCGGCCACCAGUGGCGGGGCUACACGGUCUCCUCCCACACCUUCCUGCUCACCUUCUGCUGUCUGCUCAUGGCUGAGGAAGCCGCUGUGUUCGCCAAGUACCUGGCCCAUGGGCUGCCAGCCGGGGCGCCCCUACGCCUAGUCUUCCUGCUCAACGUGCUGCUGCUGGGCCUCUGGAACUUCUUGCUGCUCUGUACCGUCAUCUAUUUCCACCAGUAUACUCACAAGGUGGUGGGUGCUGCAGUGGGGACCUUUGCCUGGUACCUCACCUAUGGCAGCUGGUAUCAUCAGCCCUGGUCUCCAGGGAGCCCGGGCCACGGGCUCUUCCCUCGGCCCCACUCCAGCCGCAAGCAUAACUGAAAGAAAUAAAGGCAAA